CACAAUAAUCACGAACUGUUUUUUUACUUCCUAGCUAAUAUACUAAUUUUAGUGUCCAAACCUAUUUUAAAAUAGCUACCUCUCUGGCGUUGUGUAACGUUAUGCCAGUGUAUUGCUCUCCUAGAAAAGGCUAUUAAACAAGGGUGCCAAACAGGGUUUCAUAAACUUUCAGGGUUGUCUCUAUCUGAGACCACGUCCGUAAAUUCAACAUACGAUGCUCUUUGGUCAACGAAGAAAUAUCACAGUAUUUCAGACCCGAAAUCGCCAGCUACUUCAAUCUUCGGUUCUGCUCUUACCAAAGCUAAGCCUGUAGCAUGCCAUAGAUCACACCGCCUUCGAUUCACAGUCAAAUUAUCUGGUUAAACCAAAAUCUGUCUCCUCCCCUUGCAGUUACCACGGAAACCGGUUGCCAUGCAACAAAACACAAAAAAAGACCAAAUUUGAACGUCUAUCGUCAGACGUGCUGGAACGGCGUUUCCAAGGCGACGGAAAGCUAUACACACAUGCAGAAUGGAAGAACCAUAUACUUCUAUAGCAUGUUUUUUGUAUAUCUGCGGGGACACAACCACAUAUUUUCACCUUUGUUUUAAUUCGUGUAAAACGUUGAGUAGUUCACAUAUACGAGACACUCAGCCAACGAUACAUUUAUGUUAGAACAGACGGAAGGGUUCGUAUUUAUUAUGUGCACACCAUUAGCAAGGUUAUUAGCAGGGAAGCUAAGAUUAGCCAAUAGCCUCCAGGUUAACCACGUGUCAGAAGUGCAUGGAUGUGUAUAGUCCAUAACAGUAGCUCUGUGGAAUACUUUAGUUUUAAAAUAUCGAACAUUUGUAUUACUCAUCUCCACCGAGUACUAGACAGAACGCUCAUCACUGCUGACGUCGUGGUGCUGAGUAAUUCUUACGUUCCUCACGCGCAGACUCUGGUUCAGCAUGUUCUCACUAUGACAUUUUACCAGUUUAAACGAAGGUUUUCAGUCACUUCUCCAGAUGCUGUCAUCGUACGUCUAUCAUUAGCCCCCGUGUGAACUCCUACUUUACAGAUUGUAUUUGAUUCGCACGGAAAUGUAUGAUAAUUAAUCACUAUUGGAAUAGCUGAUGAUGCCUGCAAUGACAGUAUCUGUAUUCGUCACGACAGCCCACAAUAUGUCCUAGGCCUACUGAAGAAGCGUCUUUAUUGUAAUUGUGUAAUCAAGAGAAAUGUAAUCAAUCAACCAAUACAUCAGACAACUACGUGAAUAUUUGAUAUGUAUAUACUAUAUAUAUAUAGUUUAGCCUACAAAGAAAUUACCUAACAGCUGACAUCCAAUCCAUGGCCAACUAAUAUCUAUUUAGUUCCAUAAUCUAUGCAAGUUCGGAUGACACUGACAUGGUUAAGUAGCCUGGGAGAUUGCUCAUUUUACAGUGGGAGUUCCUGAUUUUCAUGACUGCCUUUCUCUUUAUCCCAUAGCUAAGCAGACGGAAUGAAUGGUGUACGGUGGCCCGCACACACUGUCAACAUACAGCUAUCCCACAUUCUCAAAGUUCAGUGGAAACGAUUAGGUUAUGUAGACUUAUUGUUACUGAUUUGGGUUUUUUAUAUGGAUAGCCUACAUGAAGGCCUCUUAAUAUAAAUAUUUACCUAUUUAUUCUAUUCACGAACAACUUUUUGAUUUUUGUUUUUGUUUUGUUUUUGAUUACUUGUAGCGAAAUGUAUGAAAAACCGAGAAGGAAUGGGACAAUUACAUUUAAUUGGGGUUAGUGAUUGGGAAGUAAUGCAUUUAUGCACUAUUUUCCUGACGCGUGGGAUAGACUAUAUUUUUGGUUGUUGAAAUAAGAACAAGUCAGCUUAUUUCUUAACAUUGCCUAAAACAAUAGUCAUAUAUAUCAUUGUCGUGAUAGAAACGCUGCUAUUUCUGCCAGCAAGUUCUCGAUCGGAGAGGGAUUCCCUAAACGUCAUUACCUAGGAUACAGAAAACAAAACAAAGCCACAUAAUACCAUAUUUGGUUAUGUACGUCAUCGGAACCCCGAGGGUGGGACUAGGGGAUCCUACUUUACAAUAGGACUACUAAAGCUCUCAAACACAUUCAUUCAUAGUUGAACCGCUACAGCACAUUGAAUUCAUAUGCUUGGAUACACUCGCGGGAUGUUUUGGAGUUUUAAGAGAAGAGAAUUUGAGAAGAAACACUGCGGAUAUUGAAACGGAUGUCUAAUUUCAAGGGACGUUAUCGCUAUCUGCAAUCUUGAGCGAGUUUGAUUCAGCAAGGAAACUGGAUUGCCUUUUUGGAUGCAACUUUUCGAAAUUAAAACCAAGACCUCUUGAUAACGAAUUUGAAGAAAACUUGUCACGGUAAGUGAUGAUCCGCUACACAGAAGGUUAUUAUUAUGACUGUUGCGAAAACCGACCCUAUUUUGCUGAAGCCAGUGUGUUAGGUGUUUCCCAACUGCACAGUAAUGCAUGUUAUGGGUUUGCUUCAAUUUUAUUUAUAAUGGGGUUUCGUUGUGGCAGGUAACAUCACAUUUUUGCUUAUAAUCAAAGGGUAGGUGUCCCGGUGUCUCUCGGCUCUCGGGAAAUGUUCCAAAGGUUCCCCGUAGACCUCGAUACCGGCUCCCGUGGAAGCUCCUGUCCCUCUCUUGACUCUCAGUACCUGUCGUCCGUGGACUCCUUCGGGAGCCCACCAAUCACUAUCGCUCAUCCACAAGAGUGUGGUUCAACUGCUAGUGGGGUGGGGGCAGGCAGCGGGACAGCAGGAAGUGGAACAGGGGUGGAAAUGCCAGGUUCGUUUGUGCCUACGGUGACCGCAAUCACCACCAGUCAAGACCUGCAGUGGAUGGUGCAACCCACACUUGUCUCUUCAGUUGCCCCUGGCCAGAGCAACGCAGGGCCGUCCACCAUGACCCAGCCAGUGGCCCUGGACCCUUAUGAUCUACCGGGGACAAGCUACUCUACUGGGUCUGGAUUCACCCCACCAAGUUCUGACACUCCUGGUCCAGUUCGUUCAUCUCGGGCUCGCAGCCGCCGCACACGGGAAGAGGGGUUGACACCAGAGGAGGAGGAGAGAAGAAGAGUACGACGCGAGCGCAACAAGCAAGCUGCUGCCAAAUGCCGCAAUCGGCGGCGUGACCUUACAGACAGGCUGCAGUCUGAGACAGAUAUAUUGGAGGAGGAGAAAUCCGAGCUGGAGGCUGAAAUAUCCGAGCUUCAGAAGGAGAAGGAGCGCCUGGAGUUUGUCCUGGUGGCACACCAGCCUGGCUGCAAGAUCCCUUACCAGGACCCACCGUUGGUGCCUCUCCAGCAGGCGUCCGCUCAGCCCCCACUGACUGCCGCUGUGUCUGUGUUGGGCCUGACUGUGACGGAGGACACUUUCUACCUGCCUCCCGCCUACUCGUCGCACCAUCAACCAACCACACAGACGCAGGCAGCAGGUCAGCCACAGCCUGGGAUGAUGCAGGAGCCCUCCACAUCUGAGUGCCCAACGGCCCCCGACAGCCCCUGGGAACUUGACUGAGCUCCAGCCACCUUCAGAACCACUCCUUCCCCAGCAUGGACCUGCACACAGAGGAUCAAUGGAGAUUUUCACUCCAAACUGACCAAUUAUGGAAGAAAAAACAGUGAAAUCACAUUCACAAUAACUGACAUACAAAAUAAGAGGACUCUGCUACACAAUGCCAAACAGACGAGAUUGCUUUCUCUUCGUCUCUGGAUGUGCAGGAUGGGUCACCUGAUUUUGAACAGCCAAGUUGAUCUGUUUUCACAGAUGAUAUGAGCCAAGUCCAAGACAGGGAAGUCAAGCAGUGGGAGGGUUAGAGAAAAAUAAAAAAAGGCUUUGAUAGCCUCGAGGUCAAGAAUAAAUUACAAAAUGAAUAUAUUAAUACAAAAUAUUUUUAUUAUAUUAUUAUUAGUAUCCCUCCAGUAUCACGGGAAAGGCUGAGAAGUUGUGCUGUCCACAGAUCUCAGUAUGAUUUUGUGUAUGGUUCUUCCUUCUCUUGUAUAUUACUGUUUUCUGUUGUUAUUGUGUGUUCCAAUAAUAGUGUUAAAUAACAUGUGACAUGAAAAGUAUUUGAGGGGGUCUGGGAGGAACCCUUUGCUUUUUAACAGGUGGCCUUUGUGAUUCUGUGGUCUAUUUCAGGUUGUUCUUAACCUUGCGAGUGGAUUUUGGCUCUGAAGUGUUUUCUGUUGCAGGCUUGUGGGCUUUUGAAGUCUAUGCUCUUCAAUUGAUUUCCUCAGAAUAGUACUCCAAUGGUAAAACUAAAAACAUUUGAUUUAGUGAUAAGAAUAGACACCUUUGUAUGUGUGUGUUUUGACAAAUCAUUGGUUUUAGAGUAUGAACUAAAAAUUAUCUCCCAUAGACAAUCAAUGCGGCAACAUUAUAUGCACUUAUAAACUUAUAAUGCCAACAUGUAAUAUACACCAACAGUUGGCCCCCACUGCGAAUAUCAUAGUGUGACCUAAUCAAAAACUGAAUGCAUGUAAUCUUAUAAUAUGCCUGAGUAUUGUACUGCUUUGCUCUCAAACAAAUGUUGUGGGUGGUGAUAUGUGUCUGUAUAUCCCUUUCACUUGCAUUUGAGAAGGUGAAAUUGAUUGGUUGUUGCUAGGUAGACAAACCGGCAUUGAAAAAGGUAACUGGAGCUAUUACUCGAUGGUUAGAGACUUGCUAUGAAGCUCUUGGGUAAAUUAUUUGAAUUUACAUUUUUGCAGCAAGUGUGUUAAAAUGUGUAUUAAUAAUUAACAAAUUAUAUUGCUAAGCCACGUUUGAAUCCUGUCACUUUAAUUUUCUAUAACUCUUAAAACCAUGUAUUUGAGAAACGACACCAUUUUUAUUUAAAUAAGUCAUUGCCAUAGAAUUAAAUGUUUGUAAUUUAGUUUUGAGAUUUAACAUUGGAACAUUUCUUUAAGGGAGUUAUUGAGGGAAAGCACAAAAAGCACGACACAAGAAGGAAAGUGUCUUUAAAUAUGAAUCCUUUAUUUUCCUGUGAAUUGUUAUUAAGUUUUAUUUUGAACAUUUAAAUGUUUGAGUGUUGAUUUAAAAUUUUGUAAUACCUUUGUUCCUCCCAUGCCAUUGCUGCCGAAUAGAUGAACUUUCUGAGCCUUACAGUAGUUUGUUUGUCUUUUGUUUGUUUUUUGUUAAGAUUAUUUCAUCUGAUUCGGUCUGGCAACUUAAGAGGUUAUGUUGUCUACUAUAAGCCUUUUUAUGUCAUAAAAGUGUAGGUUUAUAUGCAUGUGUGUAUAUAUCCAUGUACACACACAAAUAUGCUCACAUGCAGUAUAUAUACACAUGUUACUUAUACAUACAGUAUACUGUACAUGUACACAGAUUGUAAAAAAUAUGGUUAUUUGAAUAUAUAAAAUUGCUAUUUUUGUCAAUGAACAAAGUGGGGUAAAACAGUUCAAGUUGGUCUGAUUUCAAUGAAGAUAUUUUUCUCACAGAAAAAAACUGUACCCUCCCCUUUCCUCAAACUGAGAAGCAUUACCACUGCCUUGAUCCCUGCUAUGGAGGUGUCCCGAAACAACACCAUAGGUUGUAUAUAGUUACGUGACUAUACAUAAUUUCGAACACAUUAUAAAUGUACUAUGCGUUUUUAUACUGCCUUGUCUUUGCACCUGUAAGUUUGGUUUACUGAAAAUUGGGCCAAUACCAACAUCUCUGUGGACAAAAGCAUUCAUGACAGAAAAUGGAAAGGACACCUUUUGAAAGUGAUAAUGGCUACUGUUAUUAGAAAAUGGGGGAUUUUACACAGUGGGAAACUGGCAACAGCAAGCCUAUUUGUAUGCAUCCUGUAUGAAUGGGUCAUUUUGGUUUGAGUUGCAGAUCAAUGGCCCACAUUCUGUCCAAGGUUGAACCCAUGUUUUCAAACUGGGAUGGUUUCCCUGGAAGGUUUGUGUCAGAUUUUGCAAUACAUUAUAAAGGCAAAGGGGGGUACAUUUAAGAGACCCUCACUUAACUGAAGUGAAUGGAAUUGAUGAAAUCCAAAUCCAACUUCUUUGGAUUUAUUUUCUUGUCAGUUGUAUGGUAGCUUUAAUUUUGGAAUAUACAAGAAUGCGUUGUGUUAAAGCAUUAAAGACAAAAUGGUUUCAUUCAGUUAUGUUUUUUUUUCUUGCAUUGCUGUUUGCCAGUAGCUGUUUACUAAGCAAUGAAGAUUGAGGACAAAAAAAAGGUUUCAGUGUACGUUGAUGAUUGAGUGGCACAAGAAC